AGUAUAAGUACAAACAGUUGUGCAAAAUGCUGAUUGUAUGUUAGUUCAUGAGAAUCACAUUUACAUAGUGAUAAACCUGGAUUCUUAUUUCACCUGCAAGGGUGCAGCAAGAAUUCUACUUAAGCAGUAAAAUCGUCACUCUCAUUGGUAGCUGUUGCAUCCCGAUAACACAUUGUCGCAGGUAGCCCAAGAAAUACAUAUGCAUAUAUGAACUACAGUGAGUUUCAAGUGCAUUUUUUGAUAGCUUAGUCAUUAGCAGAACACUUAAGUUAAUUUGGUGGCAGUAUCAGUCUAGUUUCUUUUUUAGCAGUUUCUUUUCACAGUUUGUUAGAAUUGCCUCUUUAAUUUCUCUUUGUGGGCUUGCCUCUCUGGGUAUGUAAUCUGGCAAGAGUGAGUCAGUCACGUAUACAGCAUUUAAGUUAAAAUGAGAGAGCAGGGCAGGAGCAGGUGGGAGGAGAGAAACAAAACACCACAAAAUCCCUGAAAAAAUAAAGCAAGAGAUGUUAAAACCUGAAUUGGUAAAGAUAAUUCAUGUAUACCAGAAGUGUGGGAAAUUAAUCUUACUUUCUUCAACACUGUUUUCUAAUAAUUGUGCUGCAAGAAUUUUUGUAGCUGAAGUGCAGAUAUUAAGGGUUUUUUGAUUUUUUUUUUGUUUUUUUUUUUUUUUUUUGUUGUUUGGUUGGUUGUUUGUUUUGUUUGUUUUAACAAAAGUAACAAACCUUCAAGCUUAGUUUGAGUGGUAGGUACACACUUAACCUCUAGAAUGUUAAGAAUGACAGUAAUAUACUUGAAUUACCGGAACAAGGACAUUCUAAUAGAAGAAGAUUACUUUGUUUCUCUUUCUCAAAAUGCUGUAGAUAAGCUAAAUCUUAAUGUUAUGUGGAAUUAAAAGUGUAGCUGUUCUUAUUCACCCCGUCACGUGGCAUAAUGUCUUUAAAAGUAGGAAAAAAAAAAAAAAAAAAGCUUUCAUAGAGGUGUUUGUAUUAAAUACCUAUAUAAUGUAUGCCUUCUUAUUUGCUUUACUGUUGGGGAGUAGUUAACUCCCCUAUAUAAAUUAAACACUAGAAGGCAGGAAAACAAAAUAAUCCUCAUUGUAGCUGAAGAAACUAUAUUUUAGGUUGUACUAGUUUGCCAGCAGCUGUGUAGAAUGGGAAACAGGAAUAAUACUUGUCUCCCAGUAGUAGUUAGUUAAUAGUCAUUCCUUCUUUAUGUAUUAAAACAUUUGAGGCCAACUAAACUGUUGUUGAAAGAUUUGCUUUUACAUGUACAGUGCAUCUUUUAAUAGCUCUUCGAAAUGAUAAACUGAAUAUUCUUUGGACUUCUCAGCAAAACUCAGACUUUGUGUACACUAAAUUAGAAUAAGCAAAAGAGAGAACAAAGCAAACUUGACAUCAGAGUCAAAUCCUGUCCUAAUGAAGUAAAAUUAAACAUCAUUCUGAAACUGAACAGGAUCAAGAUAUGCUUGAGCUGUCAUGACUUUAGAAUCGGUAAUUUGUAUCAUUUAUGUUAAGUUGAAAGUGGAUUGUUAGGGUCUGUGUGUCACAAAGCAGUACAAUUCCUGCAAGACCAGGCAAAUUUAAAUGUUGUACUUCAGCUGAAUAUCCAAGGAGAUCUGGUAGAGAUUGCUUUGGUAAUGGCAUUUGAUCCUACAAACCUGUCUGGAAGUUAGAUCAUAAAAAUCAAUUUUUCUGCAAUCCCCAAUUUCAUUGUAGUUUAUCAGAAAUGUAAUUUGAUUACAGAACACACAAUGACAGCCCACUAGCAUUUCUUUAAAUGAGUUAAUUCCAAUUAAGAGGUAAUGUAGUCAAAGAUGCAUGUUGCAGUCUGUCUGAGAGAUCUGUAAGAAACAAAGUGGGAGUGGAGUUCACUUUUUUAAUAAAAGUCAAGUGCUUCAGCACUUGUCUUUUAACGUGAGCAGUGAAUUUUCACUGUGCUAAGAAAAAACAUUUUUGAGGCUUUCACUUGGUGCUGCUAAGGUAGUUGCAUGACUUGUGAAUGGAAUUUCAGUGCAUUUUGCAUUUCUCUUAUUAAAAGGUAAAGACCAGCACUGGUGGUACAGGGGAAAAUAAUUGUGUAGACAUUAUGCUGGUAUAAAAUGUUUAACUAUCUUUUGAAUUCAGCUACUCAUUCUGACUCACUGCUCUCUAGCAAUGAAGCACUUUUGAAGGACCAUGCAGAGAUGAAGUGGAUUCACAGAGUUUGAAGUUAUCCCUCCAGUUCAGAUAAAAUCAGGCAUACAUUUUACUAGGCAGAAAAAAAAAGGCCACCAACCAGCAUUGAAUCCAGUAGCUGUACUGUUAGUACCGUGUCCCAUUUAGUUUCUUGGUUUGGAAUUAAAUCUCACAUCCACUUCCCUCCCAGGAACAGUCAGCAUUACUGUAACAGUGGGCACCUACAUAAAAGUAAAGCUUUCCUGCAAUUGUUUUGCUAAUGCUUUAAAAGGAGAGCUCUCCCUGAGCUUUGGCUCAGCUCCAGGAUGUACAGCAGCAGCAUUAAACCUUGAACCCUGUGUCACUUCUCCUUGUCUUUUAAAGCUGGCCUGUUACAAGAUGCUUUUGUGUAGAAGAUCCUGCAGAUCCCUUUUGUACUGUUGAGAGCUGUACCUGCUGACUUGAAGCAUUUCUGUACGGGUACCAACUGCACCUCUCAUUCAGUGCAGUUGGUGCUGCAGUGAAACUAAAUUGCCUCGGUUUUGCUGCUGCUUGAGAGACCCUGUCUCUUCCUGGCUUUCCAGUAGAGCUGUGUGUUGCUCCCAUUCUGUUGACACUCCCUUCUUUAGUAAGGUGUUGGAGGAGUAGGUGAUAAGUACUUUUUUUUUUCUUUAAGGCAAGUGUUAUAGUACAGUUUUUUUCUAAAUAUCCAUUAAAAUGUUCUACCCUUUCUCUCCUCAAGCUUAAACCUUCCUAGUCCCUUGAACCAGCUGUAUGCUGUUGCUACAGUGUGUUACAGUACUGCUACUCCUUUGUGUUUGGUCUUAGAGAAUGGAUCCACCUGACAUGGAUAACAGUAACCAGCAAUGCUGCUGUAGGAACUCUGGUACUAUCAAUAGGAGCACCAACUGCACAGAUGAGGGAAGGUGAUCUCCAAACAUCGACUGCAUAGCUGGAGGAAAAGGAUAUUUCUUCUCCUAGAAGCACUGUUAGCACUGCUAACUUUCUUGAAGUUUUCAAAUUUUCUUGAGGAAAACAGUAGAAAUCUUCCUUAUAAAGAGGAAGGAAAUGCAAGAUAAAAGAGCAAGUGCAGAAUUUCAAAGCCAGCUUUUGACUUGUAGUGAGGUGUUAUUGGGCAGUUGUUGCAUUGAGGAUACUUUGUGCAUUGGUUUUAGGUAUCUGAAUGAAGUAGUUAAGAGUUUGCUAGAUCGAAGGCCUAAACCAUCUCAGUGUAGCUCCUAGCCAUUAAUUCAGUGAGUUAACAGGGUCUGGCGCAUUUCUUCUCUUGGUGCGUACUGUGUUCUGCCGUCGCCGAGGCAGAAGCUGCUUUUGUUGUGAGUACAGUCCCUUGGUCAGUCAGGCGUGCGAGCUGGCCGCGGUGCGCUGCGGCCGGCGCGCCGCCCGCAUUCCCGGGAGCGCUCCUGGGAAGAGGGGCAGGCGCAGGCAGCGCGGCGUUCAAACCGCUCCCUCCCGACACCCCCCGCGACGGGCCCGCCCCGCCGCUCAUUGGCUCUGCCGCGACACUGCCGGCUUCCUAUUGGCGGGGCUGCGCGGUGCCCCGCCCCCGGCCAGGGGUGGUGCUGCGGGCGCGGGCGGCUUCGCUCUGGGCGCUGCCGCGGGCUCUGCCCGCCAUGGCGCUGCUGCUGCAGCUCCUCUGGCGGCUGCUGCGCUACCUCGGCUGGCCGCAGCACCAGGCCGUGUUUUUUGAAACUCACGUAUUUGGCAGAGGUAUCAGUCGUACUCUCGGAACAUGCCUACCUUCAGCAGUCUCAUCAGGAGGGCAUUUCCAGCAGUUAUAUGCUGUCAUAAGGAAGUAUCAGGCCAAGGUCACAUCUGUUUGCAAAAAAAAGGAAUAUGGAUCUACUCGAAGUGUUGUCCGUAGACUUGGAACAAUUCUUUCCUUGGAGCCCUGCCCCAGACCUUUUUUUCAAUUUGUUCAAGACCCAAGUCCAUUGGGUUAUGAUGAACAAAGUACAGCUCCAGCUCCUGUGGCUCCAUCACUUGCUGAUGUCCUGUGGGUGGCAAAUGAUGAAGGACAAGCAUGUACUAGACUUAGGACUGAAUUGAGGAGAAAAGAGAAAAGUACAGCUCCUUCUGAUCCAUGUCCACGUUUGGAUUCAAUACAGCGCAUUCCGAAAAACAGUGCACAAAACAUCGGUGUUGAUCAAGCAGCGCUCCAGAAAAUUUCUGCGCUUGAAGAUGAGCUGACCUUUCUUCGUGCUCAGAUUGCUGCAAUUGUUUCAGUGCAGACCUUGGGAAGUGUUCCCUCACAAGCCUUUAAAACGCUCAGCACUCCAGAUGGAUUUUACCCACUGCCAGCCAUGACUUCUACCCCAUUGUCCGUCUCUCACAAUCACUUUGUAAUUCCCUCGCCUCCUCCACUUCCUUCUGGUGCACCAUCUGGUGUUGAUGCUAGUAAUUCUGCACUGGAACUUAUCAAACAACGCCGAGCUGCAAGAAACAGUGAUUCAACUGCAGCUAACGGUACUGAUCCACAGAGGACAAAGAACUUUCCCAGUAUGAUGGAUGUUUUGAAAGACCUAAACAAAGUUCAGUUGCGAGCUGUUGAGAGGUCUCCUGGAGGUACCCCUCUUUCUAGACCCAAAAAGAUGCAAAGUUCAGAUUGGGAUCCAGUUGCUGUACUAACUCAUGCUUUAAAGCAGAAAUUUGCACAUAAAAAUGAUGAUGAAGAUGAUUCCCUGGACAAAGAAAAUAAUUCUUUUGAUAGCUCUCCAUUUUCUAGUCCUGAGGUGCCAGUGGUAGGGCACUGCAGUCUGAAGCCAAAUGCAAAACCCAGCCUUACAAGAACUGAUGGAGUUAAGCAGGUACCAGCAUGGAAAGCAAGAGCUCAGAUAUAGUGGAGACUUCCAAGGAAGGUUCAGUGUGUAUAAGUGGUGGGUCUACUUUGAAACUGCUGUAAGGUGCUGUAAUGUGUUGUUCCAGAACAUGCCUUUCCUAUGCUGUUGAAGUUUGGGUGUUGCAGGGUUUGUAGAAUUACCUCUUCCUUCUCUUUGGUUUCUCAGUAGCCAAACUUGUGAAUGUGAUGCUUUUACAAGAAGCACAGAACUGAGAGAAGGUUUCUGUUGCUAUGGAGCAGUGUCUUUGGAACCUGGGGAAUUCAAGAAAGCAGAAUGUGUGCGGGGAAAACAAAGAUUUAUUGCUGUGGGAGCUGAGGUAUUUUCUCUGCACUCCAGUGUAAAUAACAAGGAAGUGUAAACUUUUUCUAAGUGUGUUAUAACUACUGUAUAUAAUGGUAAUACUUUUUCAUGAGAGCAGCAUAGUUGCCUUGGUUUUCUUUGCAGUUUACUGAUGCAACUCCUUAUUCCAGGUUCAAACAGUUUUCUAAUUUAUUUUGGGUUAAGAGAUGAACUUUCAUGUUUGUGGAACUUUGUGCUGUGAGUAAACGGCAGGUCGUCUAUUAAAUGCCUGUAAUAUGAGGGAGUUGCAUUCGGAGGUAAAAAAGACCAUGCAGAGAGAUCUGCUAGCACACAGUCUAAAUUCCUUUGUAAUUAAAUAUUAAUUUCUAUCUUGGCAUGUGCACAUGAACUCAGUUUUGUGCAAAAGAGCUUAUAAAAUAAAAUUCUCUUUGUAUUGUA